AUGCACAGAAAGCUGGCCCAAAGAAUUAAUGUAAAAAUUGAGGAAACACAAGGACUUGACAUGUGUACAGUGUCAGUGCACAAUAUGCUGCACAUCCAUGAAGAUAUAAUUAACUUUUCCGCAACAGAUAACUAUUGGUGCGCUGUUUUCGAAAGGGCUGUUAAAGACUACAUCAAAAGGUCCAACAAUUGUAGUUGAAAAGUCUGGAAGAAGAAGAUGAUAGUCAACUACAAGAAAGUAAUACAAGUCAGGUGAGGUGACUUAAUGUACAGCAAUAAAAUUCAGUGAGUGUGAUCACAAAGUUUGAGUUAAGAUAAUUAUUUAAUACUUUUAAUCAAUCAAAAUAAGAAUAAUGAUUGUAGUAAUAAUUUGCUUAGACGUGCUGAAUCCAUUAAUAAUCCAGACAGAGCACUUUGCAAAUUGAUUGUAAGAUACAUGUACUUGGUACAUUUUUACAGGUAAAAGUGAUGACCAGCAAAAAUAUAUAUUCAUUUCAUGUGGUUUUGCCAAUCAGCUAGUUUUGUGAGGCAAGUGAAUUAAGCCCCCAAGGCACUGAGGAGAGGGAGUUACUCUUGAAGCAUCAGAUCAGAACAGGGGCAUAGCUACCUAACAGUAACACACAUGCACCUGGACAUAUCGAAGAUAACAUGGGAAAUUCAACAAGCUUGUCAGCUUAAUUCAUGAUAAUUAUGUGGUCAAAACACCUCAUUAAACAACAAAGAUUAUUAUUACUACCGGUACAUCUAGUUGUCAUUUCAUACCAAGUAAGAACCUUAUUUGCUUGCCACCUAACCUCACCAUAUAGCUAGAAUUAAUAAUGGCAGCUGAAAAAUAUUUGGGGCUUGAAGGGAGAAGAAGGGAAGAUCUGAAAAAUCCAGGCUACACUAUGUGUAUAGAAUGUACAACUAUAUCAAAAUUGCAACUGAAGAUUUUCUGCUUAGAUUGCCAGUACUGUUACUAUUUCUAAUUUUAAGGUUUUAUUGUUUUUCGUAAGGGGACCUUUAGGUGUCAAAUUUAAUUUGAAUCUCUUCUACUGAUAGGGUGUCGUGCGCUCUGUGGAGAUGGCUAGAGCAAUAUGCCGCAAGGAUGGACAGCAUUCCCUGUUACUUGGUUCAUCAAAGAGAGUUUGUCAGUUGACCAGAGACGAUCACAUCAAGAUUGCAGCUGCUCUGUCACUUUCUCCAACUGAAAUAUCAGCUGUUCCCACAAUAACAAAGAAAUGUUUUUUGAUCAAUGUGAAGGUGUGGUGCUAUCAAGCAAGGAUAGUAUCAUUGUCACUUUUGAAGGCAGUGAAGAAGUGGUAUCUGUUCACCAUUUUUUGUCUGUUAGACAUGAGGGAGGAAAUUGUCUGUUGCUUGGGGAGGGCAGUGUAA